AUGUCGCUUUCGCUCGAUCCAGAUUCGCCGGAUGUGAAAAAGGCGCAAGGUUAUUGCUCAAAUCUUGUUCGGAACUAUGACUCGCCAUCAUACACUCUGGCCCAUUUCAUUCAACCGCACAUGCUUCCAGCGUAUUUUGCUAUCCGCGCCUUUAAUAUCGAAUUGGCCAGGAUACCUGACGUGGUGUCAAUGCCACAGAUCGGAGCAAUGAGGAUGCAAUUCUGGCGGGACACCAUCGACAAGACUUUUAAUCUUGCGCCUCCGUUAGAACCUGUGGCCAUAUUGCUUGGUUCAUAUCUAAAGCAAGGAUAUAGGCUCAACAAAACCUGGUUUCAUCGCAUCAUCACAGCCCGAGAUAGGAAGCUGACGCAUCCCGGCUUCACCAACUUGGCUGAGCUCGAGUCCUAUGCCGAAUCAACUUAUUCGACACUUCUAUAUCUAACUCUGUCGGCGUUUCCUCUGAAUUCUCUGACCGUGGAUCAUUUGGCUUCUCACAUUGGGAAGGCAGCUGGGAUAGUGGCUGUGCUCCGUGGAGUGCCAUUGCUAGCUUUCCCCCCUCCACCUAACAUGCAUUCUAAUAACCCCCCCGGAAUAGGCGGCGCUCCUACCCGCGAACGACAGGGCGUUAUAACGCUACCCUUGGACGUCAUGUCCCAAAGUGGUGUCCAAGAAGAAGAUAUCUUUCGAAAUGGAGCAAACGCUUCCGGUCUCCGCGAUGCGGUUUUCGCGGUGGCCACCCGUGCCUCCGAUCAUCUCAUAACUGCCCGUGCCAUGCUCAAAGGCAUCCGGGAAAAUCAAGGUCCUGGUCACGAAUUUGAACACAUGCAUGAUGAAGGUCAUGAAUACGACAAGCACGAAGUUGGUGCCAAGAUGUCUGCCGACAGGACCAAGGAAGAGAUCAGCAAUGGUUUCGGUGUAAUAAUGGGCCCAUCUGUCAGCACUCAGCUGUGGCUCGAUCGUCUGCAGAAAGUGGACUUCGAUAUCUUUCAUGACAGCCUUCGAAGAGUUGAAUGGAAGCUACCAUUUGUCGCAUGGUUGCGUAACAGGAGCGGCAAGCUAUGA